CUACCAGGACCAUCACACGAGCCGCCGGUUUGAUAGGAGCUACUUACUGGGUCCAAUGUCGGUGACUGUGCGUGCGUGUGCGUGCGCACACGGGUUUCUUCUGGUGUCACUGUAAAUCCGGAGUGGAGGGUUGAGAGCCCGUUGCAAUCUUUUCCUCUUCAGAGAGUCUGUCCGGACUAAAGAUGGCUCUGCUAAUGGAGCACCAGUUCAGGCAGAUGCCAGCAGACGGACAGGUGGAAACGAGACCGUUUCUGGAGGCGGUGUCAUACCUUCCUCCCUUCUUUGACUGCCUUGGAUCUACUAUUUUUGCCCCAAUAAAGGCAGACCUAUCUGGUAACAUCACAAAAAUCAAGGCGAUUUACGAUACCAACCCUGGACGGUUCAAGACACUCCAGCAUAUUUUGGAGGCAGAGAAAGAAAUACAUAAAGCAGAAUGGCCCAAAACUGGAGCAACGUUGGCGCUUAUGUGGCUUAAAAGGGGUCUACGGUUUAUUCAAGUCUUCCUGCAGAGCCUGCUGGAAGGUGAAAAAGACGAUAGCAACCCAAACCUCAUUCGAGUCAAUGUCACCAAAGCCUAUGAAAUAGCCCUUAAAAGGUAUCAUGGCUGGUUUGUGCAACAUCUCUUCAAGGCAGCUCUUUUUGCCGCUCCAUAUAAGACAGAUUUCCUGAAGGCCCUCUCCAAGGGUCGGGAUGUCAAGGAAGAGGAAUGCUUGGAAAAAAUCAGAAAAUUCCUCAUCAACUUUUCUGCCACCGUUGAUGCUAUCUAUGAGAUGUACAGUAAGCUGAAUGCUGAUCUUGAUUACACAGUGUGACACUCCGCUUUACUCCAGUGGUCCGCUUAGUUUACAAAGCAAUUUACAUUCUGCUGUCUGCAAUCUACAUCUUGAAAUGGCUCCCUUCCGGUCAUCGGACAGCUCGCUGUGUGCGUGUAUUAACAAUACUCUGUAGUUACACGUCAAAUAUGUCCACACUUUUAAUCAUCUGUGUGCCUGUUCUGGCUUUCUCGCGAGGCCUUCUUUUCCUCACUCUUGGUCGCAGCUGAAGAUUUAAACUCAGUAUUUCUUUGUUUGCCAGAUAUUUAUGUUCGCGAUCAUAAAACAAUUAUAGCAAGAAUAAAAGUGCAACUCAACAAAUGUUUUUGAAAGCUUCAAGUAAGGGAGAGGGGUGUCUGAUGUUAACAGAUUUGAUGAGCCAGAUCACGAUCAACACUGACUAUAAAACAAAAAUGUAAUCUCUGUUGUUUUACAGCGGAUUUUAAAUUAUAAAUGUUGGGGUUCUUUAGUCAAACACAAGAUAAGGGCUGCAUUUAAUUUGUAAUCAUACAAAAAAAGGACAAAUGACAAAACAAAAAUUAAAAAUGUGGUAUGACUUCUAGUUUGACAACAUUUAAUGCACAUAAUUCACAUGAUUUACAAGCAAGUGUUUUCAUCAUACACAACGAAUACUGUGUAGUUGUCCCUGUUUUUUGGGUAAUGAUUUAUAGUUUUUAGUUUUUAAUUAACAAUUUUACUUCUAAGUUAUUACAUACUCCUGAGUUAUUAAUUUAGUUGUACAAAACAUACAAAACACACGAAUAGAAUGUUUUUCGGCGUAGUUUUUAAAAAGCUCAAAAAGUACAAGAUUCUGUACUGUAAACAGCUUUUUAUAGUGCACACCGGUUUGUGCCUUAAGCUGGAACUAUGAAGCAUUUAAAUACAAAGGUCAGCUUUUCUGCCUUUUAGUAAUUUAUAUUUUUAUACAUGUCACUUUUUGUAAACCAGGCAGGUUAAUUAAAAGUAAAAUGUGAAUUAUGACUAAAAGUGUGGUCUCUUUUUAUACUUCCAUGGACUCAAACAGGUAUCUUAACUAUUCUUCCAAAGCACUGCUUCAUCAGCACUAAGUGCCUUCUGUCCACUCUGCUCUCAGGUGCUUAUGUAAAAGUGAAUUUACUUUAAAUCUCUUUGUCAAGGGAAUAUAAAGUGUUACAAUAACGUUUUGGAGUCAACAUGGUUGUUGGGAUACUUUGACAGCAUAUCAACCUUUAAAUAAAUGUUGGUGGACUUGGGUCAGUUGGUACUGUUUUGAGUUCAUAUGCUGAAAUGCUCGUCUGAUGUUUCUUUUGGGGCUGAAAUUAUG